GGCACUGUCUAUCAACCUGUAUAGAACCUUUCUGCGUGGAAAGAGCAAGCACGCAGCUCUUAUCUAUCGCGCAGCUAUUAAAACCGGCUAUCUACAGAUACACAGAGUACCGUGUUUUGUCUGAAUUGAAUCUAAGAACAUCGUACGCUGACACGCCAACAGGACAAUAGGUUGUCUGACCUGAGGUGGGUGUGCAGGAAAAAUACCUGUUAUGGUAUUAGACAAUAAUCAAUCUUAGUGUAUUGCAUUUAACGCGUGUGCGUGUGUGUUUGAGUGGAAAGUGCCAUUGGUCUGUCUGCGUCCGCCUUUCCGUGCAAGAUUAUCAGCGAGCUGCGUGUCCCCGUUGAGCAGUCGAAUACGUGACAUAGAGUAAAAUGGAUCGUGUAAAGGGGCUGAUCGAAAGUUACACUGACUUUCCUAAGAAAGGCGUCCAGUUUAGGGAUAUUAUGCCUGUUUUUCGUGAUCCAGAAGCCUACACCUCACUGCUAGUCGCGUUACAGAAUAGGAUAUCGGCGUUGGCUCCUGAUUGCGCUGGCCUGGUCGGGACGGAAUCUCGGGGUUUUAUGCUGGCCGCGCCUCUGGCAAUUCGUAUGAAGUUACCAUUUAUACCCCUUAGGAAACCUGGAAAAUUACCCGGUCACGUUUUUCAGAAAUCCUUUGAAAAGGAAUACGGAAAGGACACCCUCGAAGUUCAAGCAGCCGCUAUUGAGAAAGGAAAAAGGUACGUGAUCCUGGAUGACCUAUUGGCAACCGGCGGAACUCUCAAGGCUGCCUGUGAUAUCAUUAAAGACUGUGAAGCCAUGGUUGCAGUGUGUAUCGUCGUAAUGGAGCUUGAGAACCUGUCCGGAAGAAAGGUUGUUGAAGCCGGUGGAUACUGCGUGGAGACUUUGCUAAAAUUUCCUUGUUAACUACCGCGUUAAUAUCGCUAGUCAUGCACGCGUGGUUUUCUCGGAAGGCGCCAAAAAUAUUUUGGCGCUGGAAAAAGACUUUCCAACUACAUUGUUAAACGAUCUUCCAACGGGUUGGAUAAGUUUCUAACAAAGCUGUUCAUGCACCUCUGCUCUGAGCAAAUAUGGCCUUGUCCCUCCAUAUCUCGUUUACAUUCCCUCUACAGGUUGAACAUUCAGUAUUACAAAUCAAAGCAAUUUUGAGGUAUAUAGAGUCUGCAGGCAUUGUAUCACGCGUAGAGAUUAGGUAUAGUAGCUGACCUCUGUGCCAAUGAAAGUUUGUCAGGGUGCUUCGAGGAGAAUUUGCUACGGUGAGACAGCAAUCGCACUACAGAGAAAUACAUGAAAUUUUUAUACUCAAGUUAAUAUGAAGUUCAGAGUUCAUCCGACCUGUACAAAUAACGCCUAUGCAUAUGUAUGCGUCUUCUAAAUGAAAACAAUGGUUUCAACAUUUCCGAUACUUCAUCGUAAAGUUUGCGAUGAACAGAUUGUCUUUAUUAGGCCGUCGUUGGUUGAGUAUUCAAAAUUGUGUCACAUGAGCUGGUAAUUCUUUGAAUUGUUUUUUUGAAAAUAAAGCAGAUGCAAAAAAAACGGAGUCAUAUUAAACGGUGGUAUAUGGAUAAAGGCCGCUUGUUUUGCCGAAUCUUGCUUUGUCUUAAUAAUAUUAUCUUUAGCAUACAUUUUAUUAAGACUUCGUUGUGUCAAUAAAGUCCUAUUCUACUUCCAUAGCGUUGAAAAUAUCCACAGACCUCUCUAAACGAACACAGCGGUGGACCUAACGUAUGACAGAGCGCACAGCUUACAAGAAAAGGGCGUAUUACUGGCGCCGCUGGCACUGGUUUUCCACCCAAGCACUAGGACUCAAUAAAUAUUAUAUAUAUGAAUAACGUGAUUCUAGGGUAUUCUAGAGAGAAAACUCAACUUUUUUUCAGGCAUGUUUUUGGUCCAUAUAAUUAUCACAACUUAAGUGUUUAUCAGUCCUAAUAUGGAAUGGUUUUUAGGCUUUGUAGAAGCAUACUUUUAUGUUUGUUAUUCAAUAGAUUGUAGUCCUGUCGCACUACAAGGCUGCGAGGGGCCGCAAACCUUGGGAGCGCUAAAUAAAUUACCUUACCCCUGCGAAUGGAUGCAUUUUAUAUACGAGGACUUUA